AGAGAGAGUUUCAGAACAACAAACCCAAAUCCCAUUACUAAACUUAGAAGAGUGGAGGAGAGGGGAGGUGAGAGAAGAAGAAGCUAUAGAACCAACAAAACUAUAGCCCCUCAUCUCCUUCUCAUUUAUAUAUAGAAUAGAAUCCCUCUUUUCUCUCUCUAUCUCAACCUAAACUUUGCUUCCAUUGAAGUUUUUUCUUGGAUUAGAGAAAGAGCUGGUUUUGAUUUGCAGAGAUUGAACUAGAGAGGGGAAGGGAAAAGUUCAGUUUCCCUUUUUCUUUUCCCCUCUUUUUCUUUUGGGUUUGGGUUUCUUUCUAUUGCAUUCUCAUUUAUUAAAGAUUUGGGGUUUAAGAGAGUGAGAUCUGAAGUGGGUUCUUUCUUGUUCUUCCCUCAAUUUACUUGUUUAGGUAAUCUGGUGGGUUCGGGUCUCUGUAAUGGUAUGAGAUGGAAUGAGGGAGUGACUGACAGUUCAGCUCUGCCACAUUGCCUUGCGUAAUUCAGAAGGAAAUUUUUUGCAGAAUAGGAAAAGAAGAGCGAAAGAUUCGUGCUCUUUUCGCAAAGAAAAUCCUUUAAAUCCUUGCAGAUCUAGUGGUAUUUCCUUGGGACAUUGUUGCCAAUACAUAUGUUUGUCCUCUGCUUUUGAUUUUCUCGCUUCUGGGUUCUCAUCUGCGCUUUCUCUGUUCUUCUAUAACGACCAAACAGAGAAAUGGAGAAUCUUGCUUCGACGACCCUUCUUCCUGAAGCGUUUCAGGGUACGAGAGAUGACAUUACGGGGCAAUUUGGAUUCAUUUGGGAUCAGAUCAAAGCGCCUCUAAUUGUUCCACUGCUCAGGCUUGGGGUUGUAAUAUGUUUGACCAUGUCGGUCAUGCUUUUCAUCGAACGGGUUUACAUGGGCGUCGUGAUCACUCUUGUAAAGCUGUUUGGACGAAAACCAGACAAGCGAUACAAAUGGGAACCUAUCAAAGACGAUGUUGAGAUGGGUAAUUCAGCUUACCCCAUGGUUCUCAUCCAAAUUCCAAUGUACAAUGAAAGAGAGGUUUAUCAGCUUUCCAUUAGAGCUACAUGUGGGCUUUCAUGGCCUUCCGAUCGAAUUAUAAUCCAAGUUCUCGACGAUUCCACCGACCAAUCCGUCAAGGAUUUGGUGCAGCUUGAAUGCCAGAGAUGGGCAAGCAAAGGAAUCAACAUCAAAUAUGAGGUGAGAGACAAUAGAACUGGUUACAAAGCAGGGGCUCUGAAAGAAGGAAUGAAACGAAGCUACGUGAAGAACUGCGAUUAUGUCGUCAUUUUCGACGCAGAUUUCCAACCAGACCCGGAUUACCUCUGGAGAGCCAUCCCUUUCCUUGUCCACAACCCUGAAAUCGGUCUUGUUCAAGCUCGCUGGGUUUUCGUAAAUUCGGACGAGUGUAUGAUGACUAGAAUGCAAGAGAUGUCGUUGGAUUAUCAUUUCACGGUGGAGCAGGAAGUCGGCUCCUCCACCUACGCCUUCUUCGGGUUUAACGGAACGGCUGGUGUGUGGAGGAUAGCAGCCAUCAAUGAGGCCGGGGGUUGGAAGGACCGGACCACGGUCGAAGACAUGGAUUUGGCGGUUCGAGCCAGUCUCAAGGGUUGGAAAUUCUUGUACCUGGGUGAUCUCCAGGUUAAGAGCGAAUUGCCAAGUACUUUUAAAGCCUACCGCUUCCAGCAGCAUCGGUGGUCCUGUGGACCUGCUAAUCUGUUUAGGAAAAUGGUGAUGGAGAUCAUAAGGAACAAGAAAGUAACUCUGUGGAAGAAAGUGUAUGUGAUCUACAGUUUCUUCUUUGUUCGCAAGAUCAUAGCCCAUAUCGUAACCUUUUCCUUUUACUGUAUUAUAUUGCCAAUGACUAUUUUGGUUCCCGAAGUCGAGGUUCCAAAGUGGGGAGCUGUUUAUAUCCCUUGCAUCAUUACCAUUCUUAAUGCAGUUGGAACUCCAAGGUCAAUCCACCUGUUGUUUUUCUGGAUCCUUUUCGAGAAUGUCAUGUCUUUGCACCGGACCAAAGCAACCUUAAUUGGUCUACUCGAGGCAGGGAGAGUAAAUGAAUGGGUUGUCACUGAGAAAUUGGGAGAUGCUCUCAAGAUAAAAGCAGCUGGCCCUAAAGCACCUAAGAAACCUCUAUUCAAAUUUGGAGAGAGACUUAAUCUGCUGGAGCUCGGAUUUGCAGCCUUCCUCUUCUUCUGUGGCUGUUAUGAUGUUGCAUUUGGGAAAAACCACUACUUCAUAUACCUUUUCCUUCAAUCCUUCUCAUUCUUCAUCAUGGGUUUUAAUUAUGUAGGCACAUUUGUCCCCAACUAAUAGAGGGUUUGGUUAGCUGAAUACAUUGGCAAAUUCCUGUUGGUAUAUGUCAUGCCAUGCUUCUCUCUCUCUCUCUUUCUCUUCUCCAAUGUAAUCUGUAUGGAAUUUCUCGGCAGCAUUUUUCGCAUUUGUUACUGUUUUAGCUCAUAAGAAGAAAGGCCGGUCAUUCUUUUGUGCUUAGAAGAAGCAGUUGAUUCGUGCCUUGGAGAAUUCUACUGUGAAUACUCAAGAAGCAGGAACUUA